ACAUUAUAUCAACAUAUUGAUAAAUAAAUUAAUAAAGUAAUUAUAAAUUGUAGUAAAAGUAUAUUAAUUCCUAGUGCUUUCGUCAUAAGUAAAAAUUUUUAUUGAAGCAGUGUAAUAUUAAUGGGAAAAAUUGUGGUUAAAGAUUCUGAAAAUUGGGACAAACAACCACCACUACAAAAAACUGUAGACUGUAGCCAUGAAAUGAUAGAUACAAGUGAAAACGAAAAUUUAUGUUAAAACUUCUAAAAUAGGAAAGAAGUAUAGUGAAUGCUCUAAAAGUUAUUGGUGUUAUCUGAAAUACUUCUUAAAUAAUAAAAAUUUAAUAAUUAUUGAUAUAUGCCUCUGAAAGGAAUAUCGAAAGUUAUUCGCGGUUCACCGUUUUCUUGUUCGUGUUCUCGUUCGUGCUGCACUACAAACGUCGUAUUUUGUAUUGCUUUCUAUCGUGCAAACCAGUUAAAAAUUAAGAAAAAAAUCUUGAUCAAAUCGAUGUUUUGGAUUAAAUCAUGUUGAAAUCAAUAUUGCGGCAGAUAUGAUGUCUCGAUUCCCAUUUCUGUAAAAGAGUACCACACGGAUUUCGUAAAUAUAAUAAGCUUGUGCCCAACAUGCUUUCAUUUAGUCAAUAAAGUACAAGAAUCCAGAAAUUUUGUGGCAAAAAAACGAAAAUACAGAAAAACUUGGAAAGUUAAUUUCAAUACACAUAAGAGAUGAAUGUUACAAAUCGACGAAGUUCGACGGAUGCAGAUACACCACCAUCAAUACAGACUCAAAAUCACCAACCACAAUUAAUAGCUUAUAUAACCUGUCGGCAAGCCGCUUCUGCUUCGAAUAGGAGCAAUCGAUCUCGACAAGAGGAGGAUCAAGAACCUUUGGUUACCUCGACAUCAGCAGAUAGUGUGUUACCACUGCAGGCGGAGGGUGAAGGGGAGGAAGUUUCAAUUGAUUUGGAGACAGCAGACACUUCCAUUGAACACAUUACCAGCAGCACUCAUUGCUAUGAAUUUGUAAACGAAUCACUUGAUGAAAUGGUUAUGCCAUCUACAUCACAGAGCACAAGUUUAGGAUCCGAAGGUUCAUCUGUAAACUCCAUUAAUACAGGUAUAAGCAGCAGCAACCGCUCAACCAGGUCUUUUCCUAUAGAUAUGGUGGCUAGAGACGUUAAUAGUAAAACUUUGAACGAUACAUCUGCUCGUGGAACUAACCGAAUCACUUCUGAAUCUACUGUGAGACUUCGUGAUAUCGAUGAUCAGUCGACUUCAUCAGCUAAUAAUAUCACAGUGGACUCAAUGCCGCACAUAGAUAAAAAUAAAAUAAUACUUAAACUGCCGAAAAUGACCGGAAAUGAAUCUCAAAUGUUUUCUUCUACAGAAGACGACUUACGUAAGGUGGAACCUUUAAAAAUAAAUCUUCAUAAUACGCAUCAUCACCAUUACUCUUCCAAUACCCAUCAUACACCGAAAAUAACUAUAAAACCUAUUUUAAAGGAAAACGCCGCGGAAGCUCUGGUGUCUUCGGAGGACUGUUCUUCUUCAGCCGAAGAAGAAAUGGUUUCGAGAUUGAACAAUACCGAACCACAUAUCUUACCAAAAUUAACUAUUCGAGCAAAAAAUGAAGAUUAUGGAUCGUCACAAACUUCUGUUGUUCCAAAACUUACAAUUAAAAUAAAUGACUCUAAUUCGGCAGAAUCUCUAACUACAGCAACAGCUGCUCACACACCACCAUUACCAAAGUUAACUAUAAAAACCGGACAGGAUGGCCAUCCUGAAUCUAUAAUAUCUAAUGUGUCACCAGCUUCAUCCACUACAUCAUCAUCGUCGUCGAUGGCAUCAUCUUCAACUUCUUCCUCGUCGGGUAAUUUUUUACUGGCUACUCCAUCAAUACCAAUACCUAAAUUAACUAUAAAACCUGUUCAAAAAGAGGACUCCAAAUCAGCCGAAGUUAGCGAUUCCCACCCAUCUAUACCCAAGCUAUGCAUUAAAACUAAUACGCUAUGCACAGACUCAACGGAAGAACCAAUUCUUUCCAAAAUACCAAAACUUACUAUAAAAACGGGACACGAACAUGCAGUUAUUAUAACACAGCACAACGACGGCGCAAAGGCAAAGGGCAUACCCAAAAUGACUAUUAAAACGAAGUCUCUGGAUACUGCUGAUGACUCUAGUAUUUCAGCAUCCUCCGUUGUAGAGAAAAUACCAAAAUUUACAAUAAAGACCACAACUGGAAAUGAUCUAUCUAAACUUUGUAGAAACAAAUCUCAAUCUGAAGUCGACAAUGUUAGCGGUACACCAUUGACGUCUCCAAAACAAUCAAUUUCAAAGAUAACCAUAAAUAGAAAUGCUAUUCAAAUGGAGAACAUGUUAGGAAUUCAAGGAAAUGUGGAAACACACUGCUCGAGUAAAACUUUAACCAAGGAACAAUGCAAAAUAGAUAGCGUACCAAAGGUUGCAGCAAAAUCAACAACAAACAGAUCAUCACAGAUCGAGGACAUUUGUAUUAGUUCUGACUUUGACGACGAAUGUGAGGACCAAAAUGCCGGAAACAGUAAAAUUGUGCCGAAGUUAACUAUAAAAAAUGUUGGCUCUCCACAACAAAAACUAAAAUUUGUCGUUGACACGGAUAUAAAAUCAAAUAAGAAUACGAUCACUUUACCAGUGGUUGAUGUUGCAGACGAAUUCGAUCUAUUAAAUGUCGAUAAUGUCGGCGGGGAAUCUAGUAAUUCUCAAGAGUUCUGCGGCUUUAAUGAUAAUGCAGAUUGUACCCAAAAUAAAGAAAUUGGUCUGGAUGCAGAUGCUAACACUAAACCUGAAUUGCCUCGGCGUCAUUCCGAUGAUAUGGAUAUAGAUGAAACACUUAGGGAUCAGCAUGAACCAAAAAUAUUUCAAAACGCCACAAACAUUCAUGCACAAGAUUCCUCCAAUUUUAUUACUAAUGAGGAAAUGGACUUAAACGGGAAAGCAUCGUUGAAAAUUGGGCAUAUUAUUGAUACAGUUGAUUUAACAUCGUCAGCAGGCAGUUCACCAGUGCACCGUUUUGACUAUAAUGAUGGCGAAGGAGAGGAUAACGAUGUCAGGGAGAAAUCGCCAAUGGUAACAAAUACAAUUGUGCCUUCAACAAAUAUUUUGUUAGAAUGUCUACAAAGAGAGACCACUGUAAUACAAAACACCCAACAAUUGACACAACAAACACAGCAUAACACAGCACUGCCUCCAUUACAACCUAAACCUAUGGUAGCAACUAAAUCAUCAGUUUCUCUCAAAUAUCCCCAGUUGGCUGAGCGUUUAUUGGCUAACGGUUCAUCAGUUGGCUGUAUGGAUGUAGGACCAUCUAGUGCAAAGAAAGACUCCGUCGAAAAUAUCAUAGACUCCAUAGAAAUUCUUGACACUCCGGAAGGGAGUCCUCGUGGUUUCAUAGACGACAGACAUGAAAAUGAUACUAUCUUUAACGAAAACCUACAAACACUAAAUGGUCUAAAUGUUUCAGAGGAAAACCGUUUACUGAGCCUUAAUAACAACAGUUUAAAUUUGAAACGACCUGUUUCGCAGGAAUGUCAUGUUUCAGAGACUAUAUGUACAGCAAUGUCGGAAAAGACAAUAGAAACACCCUCUAAAUUGCGCAAAAUACAAAAUGAAAGCGAACAGCUAAAUACAAAAAAUAAUGCCUUACAACAAUAUCUUCCAACAGGAUACCAAAAUCAUCAGCGGUUGCGUAAACAAAAACAUGAACAUUUGUUACCUAUACCUAUGGACGAAGUAACAGAUGCCAUUCAAACAAAUUCGAACGAUAGUUUAGACCUUCAAAUUAAUAUUGACUCGAAUGAAAAUUCUACUCCAAUUGUAAAAAAAAGGGGAAGACCUAAAAAAUCGGAAAUCAAUUUAACCUCAGAAAAUGCCAAAGAAGAACAUACAAUAAAUUCAGACAAUAGACAGGAUUGCAAAGCACGCAGAGUUCAAUUGUUACGAAAAAGACUAGCAAUUGACAUGGUCGAUGCGGAGCAACCAGUUGCUCUUAUUACCGACAUUGCAACAUCGGGAGGCCCAGAAGAUAACAAAAGUGAACAGAAUAUUAUAGAAACACCUAAAAGAGAACGAAAUUUACGAACUCCCCUGAGAACAUCGAGAAGAAGUAACACGCCAAUAAACUUUCAAAGUGAGCUUAAAACAUCAAAAAGUAAGCCUUUAUCGUCAUUGUCAUUGGAAAACAAGAAAACAUCAAACGAUACAGGUUCUGAAAAUGAACUCAAUCACUUCCACGAAUCGAAUUCGUCUAUAUCGUCUGUCAGCUUUCAUAGUUCAUCAACAAUUCAAAAUAUUACAAACAUUGCAAAUAGUGUUAGUCAUUCAAUGACUUCCCAAAUUGAUUUGACUAUAUCUUCAUCAUCAAGCAAUAGCAAUGGGAGCACAACGAACACAAUUACCACUGUAGAAGCUACAUCGAGAAACGAUGGCCCCGUCUUUGUUAUUCCUGAUUGUAGUGUUAAUGGUGCAAAUAUUGGAAGUAAUAGUCAUAAUUCAAUGUUGCCACCCACAACAAUUUUAUCGUCGUCAGAUCCUUUACCGGAUAUGAUAUUCAAACCGAACGAUUUCUCUUCUAUAAUAGCUACACAGCAAUUAAGGGUCUCCAAUUUUUCAACUGUUUAUAAACCUGGAUCAGUUGCAUCACAAGAAGAAGAAACGGCGGACGAUGUUAGUGGAGCAGAUAACUCUGAAGAUGACUCAGCCAGUUCUUCUUCUAUGCCUGCAAUACCAGGCCGUAGCCGUGGACGUGUUCGGGGAUCCCGCGGAAGGAGUAUUGGUCGUGGUCAACGAAGUCAUGGUAUUAGUCGUGAUAGUUUAAGUGUAAAAUCUAUAGCUAUGAAUCGGCCACGUUGCAUAGGAGCCCUUAAGCAUACCCCUGAUCCUGAGAGGAUUAAAGAACUCUUCAGUCCGUCUCCUCAAGUUUUUGAAGAAGACACCCGUAUGAGCGCCGAUUUGUCUCAAACCAGUUUACAACAACAAUCUCCUUCUUAUUCAAGCCAACCUGAUUUUUUUACCAAUGAGGAGUCCCAGUCGUCCAUUAUCAGCAAUACGAGCAUUAUAGACCCGAAUAGCACGGCAUCAGCUCAAAAUAGUGCAUCCGCCAAGAAAACAACGAAAAAAAAGAAAAUGGAAGUUUGCGUUGCUGAAGACACCGACUUCACAGUUGCAUCUAUAGCAGAAUAUGAUUGGCCGCCACCGAAAGGUUGUUGUCCCUCAAAAAAUCGAGAUACCUUUAUGAUACAAGAACAGGUUGCAAUGUACUUGGGAAUUAAAAGCUUCAAGAGAAAAUAUCCCGAUUUACCCCGCCGUCAAGUAGAUAUGGAAGAGAGAAAUUGGUUGCAAGAAAAAGGGCUGGUGUCUGAAAAAAUGUGUGAUUUAGGAAUCACGGCCGUAUGGGCUUCCGACAUUUUGGACAUAAUGUAUACAGAUUUCUAUGAAAAGUACGAGGAGUAUAAGGACUUUGUACGGCAAAAACAUUUGCGUGAAAUAGAGGCUAAACAGAAAUCACUUGGACUCAAUGUGGCUGGAAGAGGUUUACAAGCUCGCGAAAGAGCCAUGUUAUCUACUAGCAAAUGGAACUCAUACUUUAACAGAACGCGCAAAGACGAACGAUUGUCAUUCCUCGAUCUUCAAACGCUGGUCAUUAACAAACCCUGCCCAUCUACAGCCCCUUUAUCUACUAUACCCAACCGUCCAGUUGCUGAAGCAGUUGCGUUAGCUAUAAAAACGGAGCGCAUUUCUCAACCUCCGACUUUGCUUAAACCUCGGAUUUGGGAACCAUCAAGGCCAAGAGAUAUUUAUUACCCGUUAUCUCUCGUUCCAGGCCAAUUUUGUGAGAAAUAUCACGACUAUUCAUCUGAUGAAUUACGAUGUAUGCCACUCAAUACGGUUGUAGACCCUAUUGUUCAAAUGUGGUCCUGCAAAGACUGUGGUAAUAACAGCUCUGACACAGAUUCGGCUAUAGAGAGUAUUGAUAACAAGACUGAGAUAGAUAAAUCAUUGCCGGGCAGACGACACAAAAAACGUCGCCUACGGCGAACACGACAACCUGGAAAUAUGAGUGCUGAUGAAUUUAAGGUACCGCUGCUCCCUGGUGCACCAGUGAUAUCGACAAGUUCGACAGAUUCUUGUUCCUCGAGUGAUACGUCUUCAUCGGAGACAGAUUCCGAAUCGUCGUGUUCUUCAUCGUCCUCUGAUGAAUCAUCCAACGGUGAAGAAUCAUUGGCAACGUGUGAAGUCUGUUUACGUCCACAUAAUCGUAAUCUCAAUAAUGUGCCCGAAUUAUUUCUACAAUGUUAUACUUGUAGACGAAGAGUUCACCCCAGCUGCAUUGAAAUGCCACAUCGCAUGAGUUUACGCGUUCGAAAUUACAAUUGGCAAUGCGCCGAUUGUAAAUGCUGUGUGAAGUGCAAACGUCGACAUGAUCAAAAUAAAAUGUUGUUCUGCGAACAAUGUGACAGAGGUUUUCACAUAUAUUGUCUUGGAAUUAAGACCGUUCCUGACGGUCGUUGGAGCUGUAACCGUUGUAGUAUUUGUAUGCGUUGCGGGGCAACGACACCAGAGGGCUUAUCUCACAUGCAUCAGCUAAUAAAUACGGCGCAGGGAGAACAUGUGAAACAAACUAAGCAAAAGAAGGCCAAGUGGGUUAAUGAAUAUCGUUUGGAUCACUUAACUAAGAUAAAGGAACAUUGUUCUAUGUUAUGCAUUCCUUGUGGAAAAAUGAAAAAUUCCAAACGCGCGCAAAAUGUAGCACACAAUAACGCUACGACAAAAGCAACAUCGCCGUGCUCCCUUAGUGAAUCUAGUUCUAACAGCUUUAUCAAUUACCCCCCACCUUCAGCCAUCUCAUCACAAAAACUUUUGCCUUCUCCAAAUGCAACAUCAAAUGGCGAAUUAAUGCACAGUAGCACUGUAAAGGAAAGUAGCGGUCAUGCUGCGCCUUCGACUUCCAUACCAACUGAAGAUUCGUACUUCUCGGAUAAUAAAGAUUCUGAAAGGUACUCGCCCGUACCAAGCAGUUUUACGUCAUCUAUAAUAGCUGCAAGCAAUACACAAAUGACAACUACGCACAACGCAACUGGCGGCCCUCCUCCUGUGGUUGCCUGAGUAGGGGUAAUACGUUUUUGUCCAAAGCUGCAACCACCGCCACAAACGCCUUUUUUAAAUAUACCGAAUUUAUAGCAGUUGUAAACAAAGUAAACUCUACUGGCUGCUAAAUACAUUUGGAAAUAUCAGGAGGUAGUUUUAUUUUAAAUUUAUUCGUAUGUUUCUUUUUCUCCAUAAAAUAAUUUAAUCUGCAUUUUUUACUCGUAUUGUAUGGCUUACUUCACAAAGUAGAAACUGACAUUCUAACCAAAGGUGUAAACAAAUGUUUUCAUUUAUAAUUUACCAGGAUGUUGGAAAUGGCUAAAAGAUACAAUAUGAUAAUUAACAUAUUUUAAAAUGAUAAAAAUUAAGAAAUUAGAGAUGUAUCCCUUCUAUAAUUUUAAAUUUAUUUUACGUCUCAAGCAUUUGCCUGAUCGACAUUACAAACACGUAGUCUCUUUUGAUGUUUGAUUCUUUAAGUAAGGCAUCCGAAAUUUAUUUUUAUAAAUACAUCAUCUUUCAUUAGAUAAUUUUUAAAUAGAUAUUUAUAAAUUGUUUAAUUAAACUUUAUUUCUAAUCAUUUCGCGUAUUAUUUUUUGUUUCGUCUAAUUUAAUUUUUUACUCUAAGGUUAAUAUAUAUACAUAAUUAAGAAAACCGUGUGGCUUGUGUUUUGUCAAUUGAAUGUGUUAAUACUGUCCACAAAAAUUACUGUUCAAGAUGCCGCUUUCUUUCUUUUCUUAUUUUCAGCGUCACGUCAUUUGGCCGUUUAUUUCAUUUAAGCAGGCCAUUGCUUUUUUCGUAUCAUCAUUCUCUUCGUAGCAUAAAGAUCGAAAUGAAGGAAUAAAUAGAGGUGCAUUACACUCAUCACCUUUUAAACACGUCAAAUUCGGUGUUAUUUAAACUCAAAAUUUGCCCUAAAUCAUCCAUCCUUAAACAGUUAUCGAAAAUUCGAAUGAGAAGAAUUUUGAUUAAAAGUUAUUUUUGGCAGCAUUUUCUUUUUGAAUUAAUCCCAAAAAACGCAAUAACUUCUGUUAUUUGGAUAUAAGAAAAUUCUAUUUCAAUAGACCAUAACAUUAUAGAUUUAUAAUUUUUAUUUUUCAAAUAAUAACAAAUACUGUAUUUAUUGACGCAAUCCAUAUGUAAACACACCAAAAGUGAAAACCUUUAAAAAACUAUACUUAUGAAAGAAGGAAAAACAUUUAUAUUACUGAAUGUACUAAAUAUUUGUAAAAUAAAAUGUUCCUUAGCAUAGGACACAAUUCAAACGAUAGACUAAUAAAAAAGAAACAAUUUAUGCAAUGAAGUAAA